AUGUUUUUUGAAAAUGAUGAUUUCAAAUCAACAAUCAAAGAAUUUCCGCAAAUAUUUGCCGGUCUUUCUGCUGCUGGUGGAGCCUUUGCAUUAGGAGCUGCAUUAAAAUGGCCAGCACCGGCUGGACCUCACCUCAAUUGGUUGUGCAAUAUCUUGCUUGCCUUUUACCAUUCACCAGAAUCAUCAUCAAGUAUGCUUCAAAGCCGAAACAAACAUUUUAUUGUAGUCGAGUUAAAUCGAAUGGAAAUAAGAAUAAAAGCUGCUGGAAAAAGUUCUUUCCCUAUGUAG